AUGCCACGCUGUCGGACUGACUGCAUUGAGAAGCCUUUCUCCAGGCUCUUUGAGAAGCUUGGGCAUGUGGUGGGUUCUUCUCUUGAGUGGUUCAUAAUCAUUCCUCUGCUCAUGUCCAUAGGCUUUGGAGGAGGCCUGUUUUUUCUCGCCGAGCUCGAGGAUAAUGACAUAGAGACCCAGUUCACACCUAUCGAUGGAUUAUCGAAGACAGCUAGGCUUUUUGUGAUGGAGAAUUUCCCAAAUAAUGACUCCAUGUUCUCAAGCCAAAGACUCUACACCGAAGGGAAGUACGCUGUAAUGAUCCUGUCUACUGAAAAUGGAGGCAACAUUCUCACAAAGAGUCCAUUCGAAGAAGUCAUUCGCAUUAACAAAAAAGUGACUAGUCUUUCAGUGAAGGUUGGACAGAGGCAGGUAGGCUUCAAGGAUCUGUGCACCACCAUGGAUGGAAAGUGUGUCAGCAAUGCCAUAGUAGACAUCUCUGAAAAUAACGCAGACAAAAUUGGACAGAUAAAUAUAACCUUUCCAGUGCACACUUUCAGAAACAAACCCAUCUUCCUUGGCUCUGAACUUGGUGGUGUGAAAACAUCUGGAAACAGGAUUCAGAAUGCCCAAGCAAUCAGACUUUUCUAUUUCUUAAAAAACGUCCCCAGUUCUAAUGAGUGGCUGAAAGAAUUCCAUCAAGUUCUUUAUGCUGAAGCAAACAGCAAGAAAAUCAAGAUAUCUCACUUUACCUCACUGUCCAGGCAGGAGGAGGUGCAGAAACACACUACUGAUGGCCUCCCGUUUUUCUCCAUCACCUAUGUCCUUGCAAUUGCGUUUUCCGUAAUAUCAUGUAUGCGAUUGGAUAACGUGAGGAACAGGCUGUGGGUGGCGUUUGUGGGCGUCAUUUCUGCUGGACUGGCCGUCAUCAGCAGUUUUGGCCUGUUGCUGUACGCUGGAGUGCCGUUCGUCAUAACCGUGGCUAACUCACCGUUCUUAAUUCUGGGCAUUGGUGUUGACGAUAUGUUCAUCAUGCUGGCCAAAUGGCAGCAGACCAACGUCAGAGACAGUGUUGAGAAGCGAAUGGCAGACACUUAUAAAGAAGCCGCCAUGUCCAUCACCAUCACGACGCUCACCAAUGUGCUGGGCUUCUACAUCGGCCUCAUGAGUGACUUCGCAUCCGUCCAGAUCUUCUGCCUCUACACCAGCACAGCCAUUAUAUUCUGUUUCCUGUACAACAUCACCUUCUUUGGAGGCUUUCUGGCCCUCAAUGGGAGGCGAGAAGCUGGGAACCGACACUGGCUGACCUGCCUGAGAAUCCCAUUUGAGAGUCCGGUGGGUAAAUCCAAGGCGUACGCCCUCUGCUGCACAGGAGGAGACUAUGACCGGCAGACUGGCACAGAGAAAGAGCAGCCAGUUAAUCAUUUCUUCAAAAAGUACUACGGCCCCAUUCUUACCAAGACACCAACCAAGGUGUGUGUGAUAUUCCUGUAUCUUGGGUAUCUCGCUGCUGGGAUUUACGGGUGCUUCCUUUUGGAACAGGGGAUCGAAAUGAAACAUCUAGCAGCAGAUGACUCCUACGUAAUCACGUUUUAUGAUGAAGAGAAGAAGUACUUUUCUAGUUAUGGCCCAAACAUCAUGGUGGUAGUGACUGAGGAGUUUCCGUACUGGGAUAAGUGCAGAAGAUCUGAGCUAGACCGCUGCAUGGAAGACUUCAACAAGCUCCAUUUUGUCAACAAGGAUCUGUAUACCUCUUGGCUUGACUAUUAUGUUACAUUUACUCAAAACACAGGACAAGACGUAAACAAUGAGACCGUUUUUAAAACCAAUCUGCCAAACUUCUUCAACCUCCUACCUGAGUUUGAGCAAGAUGUGAACAUCGUGAACGGUACAAUCAUUGCCUCUCGUUUUUUUGUGCAGACUAUAAACAUCGUCAACGCUACUAUGGAGAUAACGAUGUUUAAUGAGCUUAGAGACACAGCUGAAUACUGUAAAGCGGCAAAACUACUGGUGUUUCAUCCCAUGUUCAUCUACUUAGACCAAUACACCGUGAUAGUGAGCAGCACUGUUCAGAACGUGGGUGUCACUGCAGCGGUCAUGCUGGUCAUCUCACUUAUCUUGAUCCCCAAUCCUCUGUGCUCUCUCUGGGUCACGUUCUCCAUCGGCUCGGUCAUCACCGGAGUUGCUGGCUUCAUGGCAUUAUGGAAAGUCAAUCUAGACUCCAUUUCCAUGAUCAUUCUGGUCGUGUGUAUUGGUUUCACUGUUGACUUUUCAGCCCAUAUUUCCUACUCCUUUGUCUCCAGCAAGAAAGAAACCGCCAACGAGCGGGCUAUCGACGCCUUGUCUUGUUUGGGGUAUCCUAUACUGCAAGGCGCUUUGUCCACCAUAAUAGGAGUCUUGGUGUUAGCUGGCUCCAAGAACCACAUCUUUCGAACAUUCUUUAAAAUCAUGUUUCUUGUCAUGGUGUUUGGUUUGCUGCACGGCAUUGUGUUCAUCCCGGUCUUCCUCACGUGGUUUUCCUGCAGCUCGAACAAGCGUCAUGACAAUCGUGAGACGUGCAAUGAGGAAUACUCGAUACAGAGUAUAAGGACAACACAGACUCAAAUAUAUGCCACUCAAAAUUCUAACCAAUGGUCAGGAGGAAUGCAUGACCCUGACUGUCCAUGA